UUGGAGAGUGGUAUUUCUACUAUUAAAGGUCCACCAUGCGAUGUUUGUAAAACAGGUGUUGAUGCCGUAUUCAGGUGCGAGAACUGUGAACAAUAUAUGUGUAAGUCUUGUAAAACAACACACGAUUCUUUCAAAUUGAGCCGUGGCCACGUUGUGAUAGGUGCUUUUGAGACGCCAAGAAAAGAUAAUUCCACUACUACUAAGAAAGAUCUGUGUCCAAAUCACACAGAGAAAGAAGUGAGAUGCUAUUGUAAAAGUUGUUCAAUAGCUGUUUGUUCCGAUUGUUUUGUAACAGAUCACCUAGCACAUAAAAUGACUGAUUUACAGGAUAAAUCGAAAACAGAUGAAGAGAGAGAAAGUUUGAUAUACUUAAAAUUUGAUCUUGAAUCACUACUCGUAGAAUAUAAUAAAUGUCUCGGUUCCAUAAAACAAUUUAUUUCAGAUAUUAAAAACUCUGCUCAAACAUCUUGUGACGCUGUCGACAAGCAAGUUGGCAAAAUCUGCUGUGAAGUCAGGAAUCAAGCUGAAGAAAUCAAAGUUCAAAUUAAAAAAUCACGUGAUGAGGAAGUAGAUAAAAUGACCAAACGUCAGGACGAGGUGGAAAUAAUCAUAGAAGAUUUAAAAUCCAGCCGUAAUUGUGUUGUAGAAGAUACAUCUAUCGUCAAGAUUUUAAACAUAAAAUCACAAAUUCAGGGACUCAUAGAAAGGGGCCGUUUAAGAAAGUUGGAUAUUCCUGAUGUUAAAUGCACGUGGUUCGAAGAAUCAGCGAUUGAUAAAACACUGAUAGCAAAACAACUCGGAGAUUUACUUUUCCAAGAACACUCGACUUUUACAACAAGUUUACAUUUCGAUGGACUUGAUGUUGAGAUGUGUUGUUGUAUUAAAGGGUUACCGUGGUGUAUUCACGCUGAAAAAAUAACUACAAACAUUCCUCCAUCUCUAGGUAUUUAUCUCCGACUAAACGAAUACCCAGAAACAGCUGAUAUUAUAUCGUGUCAGGCCGAACGCGUGGUAACACUGGUUAAUAACAAAGAUAAACAUCAAUCUCUGAAAAGGGCAGAACAUAGUGAUACAUAUCCACCUGGUAAAAGGAGAGGUUGGCCUAGAUUUAUAGACUGGAAUAGAUUUUCUGAUAAACAAAAUGGAUUUCUUGAUGAAAACAACAACUUCACUAUACAGACAACAAUCACAGUUACCAAGAUUCAACAGAUAUAAUGUUCCAAAAAAUGACAAUAGUUAUAACAAUAAUAAUGAAAAAACGAUGUUGGACAUUAACACUUUUAUAAGAUUUAACAUUAUGAUAGUUCUCGAUUGUCAGUUCGAAAGAUACUGAAAAUUCCUAAUUAAGAGAAUUGAUGUGGUGUGAGCAGAAACAAUAAAAUAAAUAAAUGUGACGUUCAGACGAAACAAAAUGUCAUAAAACGAUUUCAGAUUAUAACGAAUAAGUCAAGGUAUUGAAGAGAUCAGUUCGUUUGGUACAGCACUUGAAAGAGACUUCACCAAAUGACAAUCAAUAUUUUUAGUGCUUAAAAUAUUUACAAAACGUGAUAUAACAGAUUAGUGACCGUUAUAAGAAAGGAACAACUUGUACAAACAAAAACAAUGUAUAUUCUUGAGUUUCGCCGUAACACUGAUUGAUUGACUAUUUCCAUGUUGGACGGGGGGUUGGAUGGCUGAAUGGUUGGCGUGCGCGCGCUGUAUCAUAAAGUCUGUCAUUGAGUCGACUGGCGUGGUUUCGAAUCCCCGGUUGUACGUGGCAAGGAGUAGGGUCGCCUGUCCAACCCCGUGGGUUUUCUCCGGGGCCUCCGGUUUCCUCCCACUGCUAAAGACCCCUACGCGCAAGCGAAUUAUGUAAAUAAAAUUAAACCAUAUAUUAGUCCCGAAAUGACCUAGUUUGUGUCGAGUGGACGUUAAACCCCAUUUCUCUCUCUCUCUCCAUGUUGGACCCUUAUACACACUAGAACAUCGCUGAUUGCGUGCACGUAUGUAACAUAGUGAGAGUCGGGUUUCAUACAGAACCUCAUAUCCUUGAAUGUACGGAGGGUUUGGGUCAGUUGUCAACAUUAGCUUAAAAGUUCCAUGGCCCAUGCGUAACCGGGAAUUUGUUUUUUUAUGUGGUUGAUUAUUCAGUAAAUUUCGCUAAGUCAAGUAAGAGUUGCAACCUUUCCUUAAAUAAAUCCCAUAAUAAUUCACGCAUUAUUAUAAACAAACAUGAAUCGUGACGACGAAUUAGGACUAAUUAAAAACACAGAGAUAUAGUCCAUGAAGAGAGAAAUUUAACAACAAAAAAUUAAGAGUGUUGGAUAUUGAACUCGCAAUGCAAAUGGAUUUUCUGAAAUGGCAAUUCUUGAAUUAAUUUCAUGGGUAUCGACAUCUUGUUUUACGUCUAGUUAUCUCCCUUGGAUUUUCAUUAUGAUAAUGUAAAUAACCGUAAAACCGAGCCAAUAAUGACCUAGUUAUUUUCAAAUGUUGACAACCCAUACAGACUAUUAUUCGUAGAAUAUUUGUCUGAAUGAUGUAGACUACCCAUUGUGACACUUUCAAAAGCUUGACGUUUUGCCAAUUUCUCAACAGACACUAGUGGAUUAUAGGAUGAACAGGAUUUAUUCUUUAACAAGUGUUUACAAGUACUAAUGCAGGAAACAAUGUUGCUGGUGGAACAAUCUCAAAUGUCGGCCAGCUUGACAUAAACGGAAUGUAUGGUUCUCAAACUAGCAGUUUUAGAACAUCUGCCGGAAAGAAACCAAGAAAAUGUCCAGAAAGCAGAGAAAGUAAGGAAAGUACACCAGAUUCAGAUGAAAGAAAUUCUAAAGAAUCCAGCGAAGAUGAUUGUAAUUAGACAACAUGGAAUUAAAUCGUUUAAGUACAAUUAUAUUUUAAUUGUUAACCUAUAAAUUACGGGUACAAUUUGAGAGUUAUCAGGCAUCGUCUGUACGAUACCCAUUAAACUAAACCUAUAAUCAGUUCAGAUAUUUAAGAAUAAAUACAAUUUUAGUA